AUGUCACAUACUUUAAAAUCGAAAACACUCCAAGAGCUGAACAUUGAAGAAAUUAAGGAGAGUAACCCAUUGCUCAAACUAGUUCAGGGGCAAAGAAUUGUUCAAGUUCCGGAAUUGGUACUUGAGUCUGGCGUAGUGAUAAAUAAUUUUCCUAUUGCUUAUAAGACGUGGGGUACACUGAAUGAAGCUGCUGAUAACGUUCUGGUCAUCUGUCAUGCCUUGACCGGAUCCGCAGAUGUUGCUGACUGGUGGGGUCCUCUUCUGGGUAACAAUUUAGCAUUCGACCCAUCAAGGUUUUUUAUCAUAUGUUUAAAUUCUAUGGGGUCUCCAUAUGGCUCUUUUUCACCAUUAACGAUAAACGAGGAGACAGGGGUCAGGUAUGGGCCCGAAUUUCCAUUAUGUACUGUGCGUGAUGACGUUAAAGCCCACAGAAUUGUGCUGGACUCGCUGGGGGUGAAGUCAAUAGCCUGUGUUAUUGGCGGCUCUAUGGGAGGGAUGUUAAGUCUGGAAUGGGCUGCCAUGUAUGGUAAGGGAUAUGUGAAGAAUAUGGUUGCUCUGGCGACGUCAGCAAGGCACUCCGCCUGGUGCAUAUCAUGGUCUGAAGCCCAAAGACAGUCGAUUUACUCAGACCCCAACUAUCUGGACGGGUACUAUCCAGUGGAAGAGCAACCUGUGGCUGGGUUGUCGGCUGCACGUAUGUCCGCAUUGUUGACAUAUAGGACAAGAAACAGCUUCGAGAACAAAUUCUCCAGGAGAUCUCCUUCAAUAGCGCAACAACAAAAGGCUCAAAGAGAAGAAACACGUAAACCUUCUAGUGUUAGCGAACACUCCCUACAAAUCCACAAUGAUGGGUAUAAAACAAAAGCCAGUGCGGCCAUUACUGGUAUAUCUGGACAAAAACGCCAAAGCGUAGUGUCCACUGUGUCAUCUUCGGAUUCAUUGAAUUCUUCAACAUCGAUGACGUCGGUAAGUUCUGUAACGGGUGAAGUGAAAGACAUAAAACCUGCACAGACGUAUUUUUCUGCGCAAAGUUAUUUGAGGUACCAAGGUACAAAGUUCAUCAAUAGAUUUGACGCCAAUUGUUACAUUGCCAUCACUCGCAAACUAGAUACGCACGAUUUGGCGAGAGAUAGAGUAGAUGACAUUACUGAGGUACUUUCUACCAUCGAGCAACCAUCGCUAAUCAUCGGUAUCCAGUCUGAUGGGCUAUUUACAUAUUCAGAACAAGAGUUCUUGGCUGAGCACAUACCGAGGUCGCGGUUAGAAAAAAUUGAAUCUCCAGAGGGUCACGACGCCUUCUUAUUGGAAUUUAAGCUAAUAAACAAACUGAUAGUAGAAUUUUUGAAAACCAACUGCAAGUCGAUUACGGAUGCCCCUCCAAGAGCUUGGGGAGGGGACGUCGGUAACGACGAAACGAAGACAUCCGUCUUUGGUGAGGCCGAAGAAGUUACCAAUUGGUAA